AUGACACAGAACGAGAGCCGCGGCGGGUUCUUGACCAAACAAAAUCUACUGGGUUUGCUGCCGUUCGCUUUCGUCAUCGCCUUUCUCAUAACGUGCGUGAUUACGUACCCGGAACUCAUACCGCACUCGAAGUCGUUCCACUUCGACGAGUUGCCUUUCUGCGACAACGAGAUCUUUCCCAAACGCACUCAGGGCAACUUCAGUGUUCUACUGUGGACAAGAAAAUCGGUGAAUAUUGAUCUCAGUGCUCUCGACCCGAAAUCAUGCGAGUACCAGAACUGCUUUUUCUCAUCGGAUCGCGAGCAGCUCAACGCGUCAGACGCGGUGGUUUUCAACGACUCGGAUCUCGAAGCCGACGAUCUUCCCGCAAGUCGGCUCGACAAUCAACGGUGGGUGUUCUACUCUCGCGAAGCUCCACCGACAUCGAAGCUCACGUCGGCCUACAACGGGAUUUUCAACUGGACAAUGUCGUACAGUAAAAAAGAUGACGUUCACGUUCCCUUCUUCGAAAUGUGUCGAGAAGUGUAUCGCCCUCCGAGACGUAACGUCUCGGAGAAACGAUUCGCCGCCGUCUGGUUCGUCGACGAGUGCAGCCCCUCGAGCUUGCCGUAUGUCCACCUUCUGCAGACCGAGUUUCCCGUGCACAUCGUAGGACCCUGUUCCCCACAAGGCUUCCACUGUACGCGGAGACGUUCCUGCAUGGAAAAGAUCUUGCCCCUGUAUAAGUUCGUUCUCGUCUUCGAAGACUCCAUCUGCAGCGAUUUCGUCACUGAGCGAUUGCUCGAGGUCCUCCGUUACGACGUUAUCCCGAUAGUUUCGAGUGGUGCAGAUUAUUCGGCGAUUCUGCCCAAGGAGAGUUUCGUGGUUGCGUCCGAGCACGGGAGUCCGAAGGAGUUGGCCCGAAUGCUUUUUCGUUUCCGAAAUGACGCUCUUUUCCAAAAGGCAAUCAAUGCUAGACGCGGGGUUCACGCGACUCGAGUCGACUGGAAGUGUCGUCUGUGCGAGAAACUCAACAGUCACUCGAAACAGACUGGAUCUCAUGCCAAACUGGCGGAGGACAGGUUGAAACGUGGACGGUGUAAGGUUUGGCGGAGGAACUUCUUCAGAACGUACAAAGCGAGCACAGAUAUGAGGAGCGGGGGACAUUGA